AUGCCUUCGUCAAGGCGACCGGCCAUUGAGGCGCGACGGUCCACGCUCCACUACGAGACUUUUCCCACAGUUCCCCCCAGGACCCGCGGCCGACCACCCUCGACAUCGCCGUCCCCCCGCCAUGGCCGCGACUCGCAAGACGGCCAAAGCCAUCACGAGUCGCCCCUGCCGACCAGACAGCUUAUUGUGUUGGCCAUCAUAGCGCUUGCCGAGCAGACUGCCCUCAACUCAAUCAGCCCAUACCUUCCAGAGAUGACGGCCUCGUUCCCCGAAGUCAAGCAGGGCCAAGGAGGUCUGUACGUGGGACUCAUUGCCUCGUCGUUUGCCUUGGCCCAGUUCACUACAAACUUCUUCUGGGGCUGGCUUUCGGACAAGAUUGGGCGCAAGCCCGUCAUCAUCAUGGGCACUUUCAUGACCAUGUGCUGUUUCCUUUUAUUCGGCUUCUGCACAAGGCUGUGGCAUGCUAUACUCGUACAGGCGCUCAUGGGCUUCGUCAAUGGCAAUUCUGGCGUUGUGUCGACAUGCCUAGGCGAAAUCACGGACCGGAGUAACCAGUCGCGCGCCUUCACCUAUCUGCCUGUCGUCUACGGCAUUGGUGGUAUCACAGGUCCCAUUGUCGGAGGCUUGUUGGUUCUCUACAAGAACCCCUUUUCUCACAGCAAUGCCAAUCCGUAUCCAUAUCUCCUACCAAAUCUCUUCUCAGCGCUUGUUCUAGCUGUCGAUUUGGUCGUGUGCAUCAUCUUUUUGGAAGAAAGCCUAGAGGAAGUCAAGAACCUCCCUCCUCUGGGAAAAAGACUGGGCAAUUUGUUCUCAUGGAUAUGGCAAUUCACCAGCUCGACUCGACCAACUUAUGUACGGCGCCUGUUUGGCCAACAAAAGGACCGCGACUCUCCGCAUCUACGCAGCAUAGGUGAAGAUGAGGACGAAGACCAUAUUGAAGACGACGACGUGUCGGACACGUCUGGCGAAUCUGCGCCUGCACUAUUUCCGCACGCCAACAGCGAAGAGCUUACACGAAAGGAGGUUUUGAAUCGCGACACGGUGCUGCUGCUGGUGACAUACUUCAUCUUUCAACUAGCCAACAUUUCUUAUAAUUCCUUAUAUCCUAUUUUCGCCGAGGAGCAACCACCGACCGGGCGCGGCUUAAAGCCAGAAGCAGUUGGCUUGUCGCUGUCAUUUGCAGGAGCCAUCACGAUACUAUUUCAAGUGGGGAUAUUCGGACGAUUACGAGGCAAGCUAGGCAACAAAAUGGCAUACAGGGUUAGCUUGGGUCUGUUUAUUGCAGCGUUUGGACUGAUGCCGUGGGUGGGCUAUAAAGACAGCAACCCAUACAAAGGCAUUGGCUCGGGCGCAGGAUGGUUGUGGUUUGAGCUUGGGGUGGUAUUGGUCAUCAAGACAGUCGCAGGUGUCGGCGGCUUGACGGCUGCGCUUCUUAUGAUUACAAACUCGGCACCCAACCAUAACGUUCUCGGGACGCUCAACGGCCUUGCACAGACGCUCUCUGCUGCCGGACGAGCAGCAGGGCCAUUUGUUUCGGGCUCGCUGUUUACGGCUGCGACAAAGUUGAAGCCCAAGGGAGAGGUUUUGCCGUUUGGCAUCUUCGCUGGCAUUGCGCUCGUCGGUUUCGUGCUGAGUUUUGGCAUCCGUGGUGAAGGGCUAGAGGCCGAAGGAUGGUCCGACGAGGACAACGACGAAGACGAAGAGGAGGGUGGUGGUGAGGAGGCGGACGAGGGCACAGGCCUGUUACGAAAGUGA